CUGCCUCGUAGUCCGCCCCGAAGAUCGCCCCCCGCUUCCCAGCACGAAAGGCGCCCCUCACUCGAUGGCCUCGCCUUACUGGAGGGUUUGGGUGCGGGAAUCUGCGGGAAGCCAUCGAUGGGCAUCUGGCCGAUCUCCCUUCGCUCAUACUUGCUCUCCCGGCGCGCCGUCUCGCCAAAUGCUACGCCCCCCUCCCGAGAAAGUCGUGGCGCAAUGCUCUCGCGACGCCCCCCAGACUCUCUUGGCGACUCCGCAACGUCUUGGGGCCUGUCUCGCGUGAUCGCGACGUGACUGGUCGCAGACGCGCAACUGCUGGGGUGGAGGUGCUGCUGGGAAUGCGUGCCCGCGGCGAUCUCAACGCACGUUGCCGGCUGCCCGGGAUGCGUUCCUGCCUGCGUUGUUGCCCUAUCGCGCAAUGCCGAGGCGAAGGACAGCGGCGAGAGAGAUCGCCGCGUAGCAGUACGUGGCGCGUGCUCUUCUUUCGCUUCACGUUCGCGCCCCCCAC